AUGGCGCACAGUGAGACUACGUCGGACGAGCUGUUUGCAUUGGCUAUGAGCGGAGAGGCCGAGCGCCUGGCUGAGAGCCUUGUUCACAUGACGGCGGAGGUUGGCAAGGCAGGCGUGGCCAGCAUGCGCGACGCUGAUGGCGGCGCAGCGGCUUGCGCAGUGGCCGCGCCUGCGAAUGCAGCGCCCAGCGUUCCUGCGGAGACUGCUGUCGAAGACGCCACACUGCCGAUUGGUUGCCUUUCGCGCAAGGUCGAGGCUGCGGUCCGGGCGUCGGAUGCUACGCUGCUGCACUCGUUGCUGAAGGAAGCGGGCGCGAGCGAGGGCGGCGUCGACGAGCUGAUGCAGCACCGGGUGGGCGGUGGACGGACGCUGCUGCAUUUGGCUACGGCCAGCGACGACUUUUACUGCACCUCGCUGCUUGUGGAAGCUGGAUUCGAUGUGGCGGCGGUCGAUGACGACGGUGCGACACCGGUCGACCUCACCGACCAAGCCAUGGUGCGCGGCUAUCUCGCGGCGCGGAGCCAGUAA